UUAUCGAAGACAUGCCCUGUGUUGACACUUGUGUGUACACGUUUGUGUUAUCGAUAUGUAUAUAAUUUAAUGUCGUUAACUUUGUAAAUAUAAUAUCUACACGUGGUGUAUUUAGAUCCGGAUGGAAAAUGAUCGAAAAGUCAUGAUUAGGUAUCCGGUUAAGUGGAACGUUUUAAGGACUUCUUAAGCGAAACUUCUGUGUUACAAAGUCAAGGACAAGUACUUAGACGUUGACAUAGCAACUGAUUUAGAAGACCACUGACAGUAGUCGCCGCGACAUACAGCGUUUUUUCGCUGAUGUACAAUAAGCAUUGUACAGUAGACUUGCAUUCUCCAGUACCAGAGGGCUACCAUGGUUCCCUAGUUGAAUUCUGACGAAACUCUAAUGGAUGAAAAUGUAGACUUUGGAGUAGGCGCGAUAGAGGGGCAGCCAUCCACUAGGGGACUGGGGCUUUUAAGGAAUUCGCGGACCAUGUCAGAAAGCGAACAGAUCCAAAAUGGGAAACGGAAUAUGUUGUUAGCAGCGGGCUUCUUGGUCGCGGCGGAAGUGUUCGGCGUAUGUCUACAGGAAGUUCAUGCGCAUGCAAAAGAGUUACAGCCGCUUCACCGCCAUUUUGAAUUGCCAAUCAUCCUUACAGCGGUCGAUACGAUCUCGUUAUUCGUGCUACUCAAGUUUGAAUCUCUCCAAGGUCUACGAAAGCACGCAGAGGUUCUGAUAGUGACUUUCCUGUGCCAUAUUGUGUUAGAAUAUCUGUUUAAUUUCUGGUAUAUAUACUCAAGAAAUGACUCGUUUGCUGUAGGAUAUUUCGAACCUGUGAUAUUAGUGACGUUGCUGAAAUGGUGUACCAGAAAUGACGUAAAUAUCAAAAUGUUCGCCAUUUUGGUUUCAAUGGCAUUCUGCGCAGGAAUAACUUCCGGUGAAACGCAUAUUUUACUUAACGCAAAUAGAAAUGGAAUUAUAAUAUUUUUAGUUAUUUUCUUUAUUUGUCUGCGCAAUAUAGGACUAUAUUAUCUCCACAACGAGGGACUCGUUUUACGAUUCCGGAAAUCCAUUGCAAUACCUUACAGUUUUACAGUGCUCUCCGUCGGCGUAAUAAUGUCGGCGUUCCAUCUUACUUACUGGGCUCUUCCUGUGAUGUUUGCUCUCAUAGCUAUGUUUGCUUCAGUUACAAUGCUUUACAUGACUUCAGCGCUGUUGGAAAACUACUCUUUAGUUUCAUUAUCCGUCUUUGGACUAGUGUCUCAAAUUUUGGUAAAUGUCGUCUGCAUCUCAGUGGAGCACGGACAUAACGUACUGAUCUCAAUAAUUGGGACUUUCCUUUUGGCUAUUACCAUAGGACUUUACAUCCGGGCUACUUGCACAAAUAUGCCAGAAACAGUUCCGUCUCAAGUUCCUAACCACGAGGUGUACACGCGACUAGAGUUCCUGAUAUUUACUGGCCUUGUCUGCGGUCUCAUAUUUUAUGUGUUCAAGCCGAAAAUCAGCGACAGGGAUCUGAAUAAUCUUCAUUAUGUUGGUUUGGACAAUAUUGUUAAACGAUUGAUUAACCACGAGUAAAACGUGCUAAUUUAUUGAUUAAUCACGAGGCAAACAUGCUAAUAGUUAAAUGUUUUUGCUGGGUUUUGAGAUGGACUCUUUUUCCAUGUUGGACAGUGUAUAUAUGUGAGUCUUCGCGUUAAAAGGACCAUCAAAUUUAAAACUGCAUUUUAACAAGCCAUGACAGCUGUGAACUUAAAACCAUGACAUUAUCUGUUCAAUGAACUAUAAUUAUUCUGCAUUGCUAUGCUAUAUUUUGAACUUAUUUUUCACUGUUACGUCAUAUUUUUGAAAUCAUAACGUUACUCGCAGUAUUUACUUGUUGACUUUUUUUUUGAAGUUUUGAGAAAUCAUGGUUUAACAAAAUUACACAAUAUAGGAAAAAUUAUCUGAACGUGUUGAAGUAAAUGACGAACUUUCAUUGAAGAGUCCAACUUAAGUGUUAAUGCCCUCUUAUGUAUAAUUAUUGUUUAGAACUCCUAAAGUUUUUAGUACAUUUACUAACGAAUAGAAGUUUUCUUUUGUAGAAAUAUGUACAUUUAAACCUUAGCGCGACAUAUUGUGAAGUACCUACUGUUAUUAAGAUAUUUAUUAAAUACAUUCAUAAUUAUGUUUACAUUUUAUUAUAUACUAUUUGAGGGAUCUUAGAUCUGUUUAUAGCAUUUUGCGGUUUUAUGUGCUGUUACAGUGGUUUUAUAUGAUAUUGGUAUUGAAAUUGUUAACACUUAGAGAUAUUGAGUGUACCUAAUAAAUUUUGAAUGAAAUAUU